UUUUUUAUUGUUUUUUCAGAUAAAAAUGAGCGAUACUACAAUUAGACUUAUCGAUCAGCUCAGAGAAUCUGCUAAUGAGGUGUUUGAUAGAGUUGGAGGUGGGGUGGAGGGGGAGGAGAGAGAAUGGUUAACCGGGCUACAGAAGAAAAUGGAAACUGUCUCCGCUAACAUAAAGGAUAUUGAGACUGCAGCAUCACAGUUCAACGGACCUACGAAUACACUAAUGGUUGGUAACCUUGACGCCGACUCCUCAGUAGAAUCCUUUGCCCUCUACACAGAUAUCACAAGAAGCCAUAGAUGGUUAGAUAAGACUCAUGAAUAUGCUGGGGCUGCUGCAGCAUAUCUAAGUGGAAACACACUCAAAAGAUCGUACUCAUCUGUUGCUAAAUCCAGGCGAAAACCUCAAACUAACAGUCAUAUUGCUCAGCCCAUGCAUCUAAACAGACUGAUUGAUGGAGUCAAUAAAAUGUUCCAGGAUAUGAAACUCAUUAUCAGUCGACCCGGUAACACCCAGCUGAAUGCUAUUGUUGAAGUAAAGUUGGACCGUGUAUUGAAAGCUGUUCUUAUAUUCAAGGGGCUGAUGAUAGAGUGGGUGGUUGUUAAGGGUUGGGAGGAAGAACUGCUGAAGUCUGACGGACAAGUUGAUAUCUGGGGGGAGAGUAGAUUUCAGGUUUUCCAACGAAUUACUGAGAAUGCUAAUGCCGCGAUGCUUCACUUCCAAUCCCCAGUCUACCCAGAUCUUGCAAUUAGAUCGUUUAUGACCUAUCUUCACAGUUUUAACAGCUUAUUCAGUGAUAAAUGUAAACAGUGCGGCAUGCAUCUGCACAAUCACCUCCCCCCGACCUGGAGGGAGUUUAGAACCCUUGAACCAUUUCAUGAGGAUUGUAGACCCUAGAGUUUAGAACCCUUGAACCAUUUCAUGAGGAUUGUAGACCCUAGAGUUUAGAACCCUUGAACCAUUUCAUGAGGAUUGUAGACCCUAGAGUUUAGAACCCUUGAACCAUUUCAUGAGGACUGUAGACCCUAGAGUUUAGAAC